UUGACUACAGAAUGGGGGAAGAGUCUGGAUUCAUCCGUUUUGAGGAACCGGAUGCGGCAGUCAAAGCUCGUGCAAAGUCGGUGCUUGCUGAAGAAGGCGGCUUGGUGGUGAAGAAAAAGUACAUUGCUACCUUAGAGGCGCUAACUGGUGAAGCUGAGAGAGACUACUGGAGCUUACUUCGUGGAAAUAAGGAUAAACACAGGGAAAAUAGGAGCUAUAGAGGAAGGGGGAAACAUAAUAGAGGUGGAAGACAGUUUGUCGGAAAGCGAUCCAGCCAUGAGUAUUCGUCCGGGGGACGGCCAAAUAAAGCGCAGAAAGUGUCUGGAUGAUUGAUGAGUGGUCUUUUCUUUUGUGGCUAAAUGUUU